AUGUUUCAAUCAUGGGCAGAUGCAGAGGAUGAUAUUCCCGUUCCAGAGAUAACCACCAACCCAGAUGGCACUAAGACGGUGGUGAGUUAUAGACUCAACGCCAAGGGUCAGAAAGUGAAAAUUACACAGAAGAUCAAAGAGGUGAAGGUGAAGGAAAGAGUACACCCAUCGAUAGCAGUUCGCCGAGGAUGGGCCAAAUUCGGGAAGGAAAAACAUACGCCUCCUGGCCCAGACACGAGAACUACCCAGUUGGGUGAAAAGAUUGAGUUGAAGCUCGGAGCCUCCUGGAAAGAGCUCGAGAAGAAAGAAGAGGAAGAGAAAAUGGAACAGAAGGUCAACUUGGUCAGCACGCAAAGACUCACAUGUAGAACAUGUGGUGGAGACCAUUUCACUUCCAAGUGUCCAUUUAAAGACAUCCUUGGUGCAGAGACGGCAGCACCCGGCGGCGGAGGAGCUACUCCCGAGCCAGUGGAGUCUUCGAAAUACGUACCUGUGCACAAGAGAGAAGGUGCUCCAAGCAGAGAAGCCAGAGACGAUUCAUGUACAUUGAGAAUUUCGCAAUUGAACACGAUUGUGGACGAGCAAAUGUUGAGAGAGGAGUUGCUUGGCAAGUACGGCCCAUUGCAGAGAUGUUCGCUCAUUAGAAACAGGGAAACAGGAGAGUCCAAGGGUUUUGCUUACGUGACGUUUGCCACGGAGCUGCUUGCACAGAGAGCGUUGGACGAGUUGAACGGCAAGGGCUACUACUCGUUGAUUUUGCGUUUGGAGUGGUCGAAGAAGAAGAAGACCUAG